AUGCAGGAACAUGCAGGACACAGAACGGGCGCCAGCAGCGCCCAGGUAGGUGUUGCCCUGCUAGGGCGGGGCAGCAGUGUGGAUGGAGCUCCAGUGGAAGAUAUGCAGGCUCUGUCAAUUACAUCUCUCUCCGCCUCCGAGAUUGAGCAGAGCUACGAGCUGAUUGGUCCACUCGGGAAGGGCACCUAUGGCAGGGUAGACCUGGUGGCACAUCGUGCACAGGGUACCAAGCUUGCUCUGAAGUACGUGAGUAAGCACAAGACCAGUUUGCGGAGUUUUCUUCGUGAGUACAGUCUGAAUGCAGCGUUGGGUUCCAGCCCCUUUAUCAUCAAAGUUUUGGACGUUCUGUUUGAGACGGACGACUUCUACGUGUUCGGGCAGGAGUUCGCCCCCGCUGGAGACCUGUUCGACAUCAUACCCCCCCAGGCGGGUUUGCCAGAGGACGUAGUGAAGCGUUGUGUGCAGCAGUUAGGCUUGGCGUUGGAUUUCCUCCACAGUAAAAACCUGGUCCAUCGGGACGUCAAACCAGAAAACGUCCUGCUCUUCGACGGAGCGGAAUGUCGGCGUGUGAAGCUGGCAGACUUUGGAAUGACCCGUCGGGCAGGAACACGUGUCAAACGCGUCAGCGGGACCAUCCCGUACACCGCUGCCGAGGUGUGUCAGGCGUCCAACGCGGAGGGCAUCGUCGUGGCAACGGCGCAUGACGUUUGGGCGUUCGGGGUGCUGUUGUUCUGCAUGCUCACGGGAAACUUUCCCUGGGAGGCAGCAUUGCCCAGCGACGGGUUCUACGCAGAGUUCCAGCGCUGGCAGCAGACCGGAGGUCCGCUGGCACAGGCGUGCUCCACCCCCUCACAGUGGCGCCGGUUCUCCGAUGAUGCCAUGCGCAUGUUUGCACGACUGUUGGCACUGGAUCCCGAACGCCGUUGUGGCGUAAAAGAAGUUUUUUACUUCCUGAAAUAUGACCUCCUGUCUCAUCACAGACGAAGGGCUUCCUGUCGAGCUUCCAGGGGCUUGACCUCGAUCAGGGGUGGAUCCGCCCCUCAUAGACACACUGACCCCUCCCCUCCUUCCUGUGUUCGGCCCACGCCCCUGAAACGCAGCGUUUUGUCUGAGCCGCAUUCCUCAAGGGAAGAGCCGGCAAAAAGCCCCUCCCCCAACCGACAAGACAAGAACAAGGUGAUGAUGACCACACCCAUUGAGAUAUGUGUUUAA